UUCUUAAGUGCGAGUUACCGGGCAAGUUUGUCGCGGGCUGCAUAAUCGCUAAGCUCCCUAAUUCCUGGAGAAACUUUGCCACCACUCUGAAACAUCAGAGGCGUGAAUUCUCUAUGGAGGAUGUCAUUGGCCAUCUGAGUGUUGAGCAGAAUUCAAGGGCAAAGGACUCGCACGGAAAAGGGGCCGAAGGGACUUCUGUCGUCAACAUGGUGAACCAGAAGAACUUCAACUCCCACAAGCCCAAGGGAAAGAACGGUGUCCAACACAAUACCGACUUUAAGAAGAAGGGUAAGAAGACCUUCAAGAAGAACAAGAAGGACGAGGGCUGCUUCACUUGUGGUUCGGUUGAACAUUGGGCCAACAAGUGCCCAAACAAGUACAAGAAGUCAGGACAGGACUCCAAGUCCGUCAACAUGAUUGUGGACAACAAUGAGAAUGGUGCACCUGGGUCACAGGCCACGGGUCCGUAUUGAUGGGGAAUGGCGCGAGUGCUUCUGUUCAUGGUGUUGGCACGGUCGAUCUGAAGUUUACUUCGGGAAGGAUCGUGCAGCUGAAGA